CAAUAACGGGGUAAUUGCAAUAGGGUGCGUUUACGACCUAACUACUAAAAUAAACUGGUGCUGCCAUCUCUGAUAUGUGUAAAGUACUAUUUGAACUUCGCGCCGUUUAAUUCGCGAGAGAGUUUGACAGGUUGAUGAGCGAAUGAAACGUCAUUAGUUGAGUGACGUCGAUGCCGCGUGUUACACACUUUGCUAUCCUAACUUUCAAUCGGUUUUCAUCUCGAAAAGAAACAUGGUGCGAAAUUAUCUAAAAAAAAAAGGACCUCCGAAAUACUCGGAAGAAAAAUUACAAAGAGCUCUUGAUGAAAUAAAAGCCGGUACGCUUACCAUACACAAAGCGUCUGUUCUUUACGGAAUUCCAUUUGCAACAUUGUAUUGCCGAAACAAGGGAACUCGAGGAGCUAUAAAAAAAUGUAAGGGACGCAGAACUGCACUUCCCGAAAAUGUUGAAAAUGUUUUGGCAACAUCUGUUAAAACACUUGCUAAAUGGGGCUUUGGUCUUAGUCGGAAGGAAAUUAUAGAGCUAGUAGGCCAGUACGUUAACGUUAAUAAAAUAGAAACCCCAUUUAAGAGAGGCAUACCAGGGGAAGACUGGUUCCUUAAUUUCAAAAAACGACAUAAUUUGUCAAUCCGAAAGCCAGAACCAUUAGAGUAUGCGAGAAAAAAGGCUGCCACGGAUCCAUUCAUCAUCUAUGGAUAUUUUGACCUUUUGAAAAAAAUCCUGACAGAGCUAAACUUAGAAGACAAGCCCAAACAAAUAUGGAAUUUGGACGAAAGCAGUCUCAGUCUCGAUCCAUCGAAAUCCAGAAUAGUAGGAGAAAGAGGUGAAUGCUCAUCCAGAGUUAUCAGCACGUCUGGAAGAGAGAACACGACUUUUGUACUGGCUGCUAAUGCUGCAGGUGGUCGAGCGCCACCUCUAAUCAUUUUUAAGGCGAAAAAUGUAUGGGACCAGUGGAAGGCACCCCCAGAUAAGGAAUAUCCCGGUACAGCCUACGCUGCUACCCCGAAUGGUUGGAUGGAGACAGAGGUGUUUAAAAACUAUUUUGAAAAAGUUCUUAUACCAGCUCUGGGUAAUGAUCGACCUGUACUUGUCAUAUACGAUGGCCACUCCACACAUGUGUCUCUCAAUCUAGUAGAAACUGCUUUGGCCAAAGACAUAACAAUUCUUAAACUGCCAGCUCACACAAGUGACCAACUGCAGCCAUUGGACGUUUCUGUUUUCAAAUCUUUUAAACAAAAAUGGGACCAAACUGUUGCCUCUUGGCAGCGGCAGAAUAUUGGUAAAAAGCUACCUAAAGCGCUGUUCUCGCAAUUUUUGGGAGAAACUUGGGUCAGUGUCAGUGAAAAUGUUAUCAUGAGCGGAUUUAGAAAGUCAGGGAUAUUUCCAUUUAAUUCUGACGUCAUUCCAAGAGAAAAUUUUUCUAAGGACGCUUUAGAGCGUUGGGAGAUGCACCUUGCAGGUGAGCUUGCGAGAGAUAAUGAGGCGAGUCCUGAUCCUCAUCGGUCAACUUUUAAUAACUCAUCGCCAUCGAUUUUAAAUCUACCAGCUUCCGAGGAGGAGGCCAUUCCCACAACACCUCAAUCGACAAUUUUCAGUGAUCAAUCGUCACAGAAUUCCGUACCAGUAAAUCCUCAAUCAAAUGAGACGCCAGUCCAUAAUGCCACGCCAACAAUAUCAUUUGAACAGAUAAUUCUUUCAACUAUACAGCAAAAACAACUGCCUGUAAAUAAAGAAAAGAAACGUAAGGUUGCCUCCGGUGCUGAAGUGGUUACGUCUGCUAGAAUGCUCGAAGUAUUAAAGGAAAAAGAAAAGUUAAUCGCAAACAAUAAAGCUAAAAUAAACAAGAAAAAAGCUAAAAUAAACAAGAAAAUAGGAAAGAAAGAAAUAAAAGUAAAGAAAAAUGCUAAAGAUUCAGAAAGUGACACUACAGAUGCUGAUUCAGAUAAUGAAGUGCAUUAUGCGAAUUCUGACGAAAGUGAAUGGUUGGAAGAGGAAGCUGAAUAUCUUAUUGAGUCUGAUGAUGAAGAUGUAAUGGCAGGAAUUAACAAAGAAAAUGAACCAGGAGAGGAUAUUGGGCUAGAUAUUCAUAUUAACCAGUGGGUUAUUGUUAAAUAUACUUUGGUGAAGGGACAUAAAUAUUACGUAGGCUUCAUUCAAAAACAGAUAGACAGUCGUUGGGAGGUAAAGUUUGCACGACGUAAGGGGGCAGCUUUUGCAUGGCCUAUAAUAGAAGAUAUUGAUACAAUUACCGCUGAUUCCAUAGUUAAAAUAUUGCCAAACCCUACAAUAACCAAGCGUGGUAUAAUAUACUUUGAUUUCAAAUUCAGAAAUAUGAUUAUUUCGUAAAUACUUUUCCUUACAGACUAAAUAAUAGUCUGUAAGGAAAAGUUUUCCUUACAGACUAAAUAAUAGUCUGUAAGGAAAAGUUCAUAUCUUUGUAAGAUUUCAUGUGAUCUCUUUGAAAUAAAAAACCGAAGUUAAUUUAA